CCCAGGUGAAUGAAAUCCUGCGGGGGAGCCCCGGGCUACUCAGUUCCCGAUUCUGUCCCGGGACGCCAGCAGCUCGGGCUGGGCUGGCUGCGAAGGAUGGGCGAGCUGAGAGGAUGCACAGGGAGGCAGGCCCGAGGCCCCGGGCUGCAGCUGCAGCUGCUCCCGCUGCUGCUGCUGCUGCUGCUCUUGCAGCCGUCGCCAGGCUGGGCCUCCGGGGCUGCCCGGCCGCCCCACGUGGUCUUCGUGCUGGCAGACGACCUGGGCUGGAACGACGUGGGUUUCCACGGCUCGGUCAUCCGCACGCCGCACCUGGAUGCGCUGGCGGACUCCGGGGUGGUCCUGGACAACUACUACGUGCAGCCGCUGUGCACGCCCUCGCGGAGCCAGCUGCUCACCGGCCGCUAUCAGAUCCAUACGGGCUUACAGCAUCUCCUCAUCAGGACCUGUCAGCCCAGCUGUGUGCCCCUGGACGAGAAACUCCUGCCCCAGCUCUUAAAGGAAGCAGGCUAUGCUACGCAUAUGGUCGGGAAAUGGCACCUGGGAAUGUGCCAGAAGGAAUGUCUGCCAACACGCCGAGGAUUCGAUACCUACUUUGGGUACCUCCUAGGCAGUGAAGACUAUUACACCCACGAGGUCUGCGCGCUGAUUGAGCCUUUGAACGUUACCCGGUGUGCUCUCGAUUUCCGAGACGGUGAAGAGCCCGCGACAGAGUAUAAAAAUAUUUAUUCAACAAACAUAUUUAGCAAAAGGGCUACAACCCUCAUAGCUAACCACCCACCAGAGAAGCCGCUCUUCCUCUACCUGGCUCUCCAGUCUGUCCACGAUCCCCUUCAGGUCCCCGAGGAAUACAUGAAGCCAUAUGACUUCAUCCAAGAUAAGCACAGACGGAUUUAUGCAGGGAUGGUGUCCCUCAUGGAUGAGGCAGUGGGAAACGUCACCGCAGCCUUGAAAAGCCACGGGCUCUGGAACAACACGGUGUUCAUCUUCUCCACAGACAAUGGUGGGCAGACUCUGUCUGGGGGCAACAACUGGCCGCUUCGAGGACGGAAAUGGACCCUGUGGGAAGGCGGCAUCCGUGGAGUGAGCUUUGUGGCAAGCCCCUUGCUGAAACAGAAAGGCGUGAAGACCCGGGAGCUCAUCCACAUCUCGGACUGGCUUCCAACGCUGGUGAACCUGGCCGGGGGAAGCACCAACGGUACCAAGCCUCUGGAUGGCUUCGAUGUGUGGAGGACCAUCAGUGAAGGAAGCCCAUCCCCCAGAGUGGAGCUGCUGCAUAACAUCGAUCGGGACUUUUUCGACAGUUCGCCGUGUCCUGGCAAGAGCAUGACUGCCGCAAAGAAUGAUUCUGUUCCUUUAGAAUACUCUGCCUUUAACACAUCUAUCCACGCUGGGAUUAGAUACAAAAACUGGAAACUCCUCACGGGCCACCCAGGCUGUGGUUACUGGUUCCCACCUCCAUCUCAAUCCAACGUUUCUGAGAUACCUUCGCUGGACUCGUCGACCAAGACGCUCUGGCUGUUUGACAUCAAUCAGGACCCUGAAGAAAAAAACGACCUGUCCCAGGAGCAUCCCCACAUCGUCCUGAAGCUCCUUUCCCGCCUGCAGUACUACCACAAGCACUCUGUGCCUUCCUACUUCCCACCCUUGGACCCCCGCUGUGAUCCCAAGGAUACCGGUGUGUGGAGCCCCUGGAUGUAGGGUCCCAGGGGAGGCUGGAGCACAUAUGUGCAGGCUAGAAGUUAAGCCCCUACUCUGCUGGCUUCUUUCUUUUUUUAAAAAAGCCCCAGACCCUUCACCUGGCCCUCAGGCUAUAUAACCCACCAAAAGAACCCAGUUUCAACCACAGUACAUUUCAAAAGCCAGUAAAAUCCAGACGGACAGAUCCUGCUGUUGGCUGGCGUUCGUGUCUGGAGGCCAGGGUGACUGGUUCCUAAACUGCCGACGCUGGGAACCGGACAGAGGAAGCUAUCCCUGAGUCCUGGAGGCCAGAGCAGCUGGCUCUUUUUGCCUCACAGGUCAGUCACUAGAACUCCCUCUGCUAAUAACCAGUUUUAUUGGCAAAACACACGUAACAAAGGCAGGGAGCAGAUGAUUUCUAGAGGUUCUGCUGGCUGUGAAGGUUCCCUGUCUGUGAGAUCUUGUUCAAGCUUUCCACAUCCAUGACCUGCUGGCUCACCCCCACUCACUCACCUCACUGUGGAGAAUAAAGCCCAUGGCAGUAAACCAGCAUGGAGGAAUGUCUGUGUCUUGGUUUGGGUUUGCACAAUACCUAAACGUGCUCUUAUUCUAUCACCCCCACCUACUGUUGCUCAUUCUGUCUAGACUUCUGCCACCCAGCUUGUGUGGCCCUAUCCCUGUCACUCCUUUAGAUGUCACUGUCCUGUGCCUGAGGUCACUUUCCCCUCUACUCCAAGCAUUCUGAGCUCUGGGAUAGUCCCGAGCCCUGCCCUGAGAAGGUGGACCGGUCAUUCUGUGGCCGUGCUCAUGGGAGUUGGGGGUCUGUAGCAUCUGCUAAGGAGGUU